AUGUCGGGCGUCCUGAGCAAGCGCAGCCAGGCGCGCAACGAAAAGGUCCUACAGGACCUCGUGCACAGCGUCCCCGGCAACAACAGCUGCGCAGACUGCGGCGCGCACAACCCUUGUAAGUUGUUGACACCAGUCCUCUCUCUGCUCCUCGAGCGGCUCGACAAAUCGGUUACUGACGCGCCGUGUGCGGCUGUUUUAGCUUGGGCAUCAUGGAGUCUCGGCAUCUUCCUCUGCAUGCGCUGCGCCGCGGUGCACCGCAAGCUGGGGACGCACAUCUCCAAGGUCAAGUCGCUUAGCAUGGACAGCUGGUCGAACGAGCAGGUCGAGAACAUGAAAAAGGUCGGCAACAUCAAGUCCAACAAGCUCUACAACCCGCAGAACAAACGGCCCCCGGUCCCCAUCGACGUUGACGAGGCCGACUCGGCCAUGGAGCGCUUCAUACGGGCGAAGUACAUGAACACGGGCUACGGCCUCGACUCAGCGACCGGCGGCGGCAGCCUCAGCAGCGGCCAUGCAGGAGGACAACGGCACAACCACCCCCGCCGCUCCUCCGACUCGGACGACGUGCCCCCUCCCCUGCCGCCCAAGACGGGCAAGUUCAACCUCCGCUCCGCCUCGUCCAUCUUCCCCCUCUCCUCCAAGGCCCGCAAGGAGCGCUCCCUGCCGCCCAGCCCCCGGUCCCCGCGCAGCGGCUGCGGCGGCGGCGGCGGCAACAAGCCCUCGCGCGUCUUCGGCGCGAGCGUGCAGUACGACCCCAACAGUGGCGGCGGCAGCAGCCAGGACGACACGGAGGCCAAGCUCGCGCGCCUGCGCGACAUGGGCUUCGCGGACGACCAGCGCAACGCCAUCGUGCUCAAGGGUCUUAACGGCAGCCUCGAGCGCACGGUCGAGGCGCUCGUGCGCCUGGGCGAAGGUGGCGGCGGGCGGUCCCCCGGCGCCGGCUCCGCGCUGGCCUCGCCGACGGGCAGUCUGCCUCCGCCGUCGGCGGGGCUGCAGCACAGGACGCUCUCGCGCGUCGCGUCGAGCUCGGCGCUCAGCGUGCCGACGACGACGACGGGGACGAUGGCGAACACGGCGCAGCAGUACGGCGGCAAUGGCGGCGUCAACAGCACGCGGCCGGAGACGCCGGGUUCCGCGUCGACGAACCCCUUUGACAUGCUCGACCUGCACCCGCCGGCGCAGCCGCAGAGCUCGCAGUCGACGGGCACGCUGCCGAGCCGGAACCCGUACGGCGGCGGCGGCGUCGGCGGCGGCGGUGGUGGUUACGGCUCCAUGGGCACGGGCAUGGGCAUGGGCAUCGCGACGAAUAACCCGUUUGGUGGGUUUGGUGGCGGCAUGCAGAGCGGGUCGACGCCCGCGAGCGCCGUGGAGGCGGCGUUUACGGACGCGUUUGGCAACAUGUCGCUUCAACAGCAGCAGCAGCCCCAACAGCAGCAGCAGCAGGCGCUGUUCCCGCAUCAUACGGGCGGGGUGACGACGAGCCAGACGUACGGCCACCAACUACAGCAGCAGCAGCAGGCGCCGCCUGUGCCGGCUAUGCCGCAGGGGUACGCGGGGAUGGGAGCGUUUGGGGGUCUGCAGCCGCAGCCGCAGGUUCCGCAGCAGCAGGGGUACCAGCAGGUCGCGGCGCAGCCGCAGGUGCCGAUGCAGACGGGGUAUAAUCCCUUUUUCACACAGCAGCCGCAGCAACAGCAGCAACAGCCACAACAACAACAGGAGCCGCAGCUGUCGGUCAACACUUCCGCGGCGGCGGGAUACGGAGCCGGAGUAGCGUUGCUGGGUUCAGGGGGCGGUAGUGGUGCGUGGGCGAAUAACCCGUUCGCGACGGCGGCCAAGUCGCCGACGGCGGCGGGGACGAGGAUACAGUCGCCGCUGGGGCAGAUCCCGGAGCAGGUGCAGCAGAAUUUCUUCAGCGCUGGCGGGGACCACAGUAGUCAGGGUUGGAACCCGGCGCAGCAACAGCCGUUUGGGGGGCAAGGGCAGAUGUUUAUGGCGCCGCCGCAGCAGCAGCAGCAGCAACAGCACCAGCAGGGCUACGGUGGACAGCAGCAGCCGCUUAGCUCGCCUACGAACCCGUUCUUCACGGCGCCUCCGCAGCCGCAGCAGCCGGUGCACCAGCGGCCGGACAAGGCGUCCAUCAUGGCGCUCUACAAUAUCCCUCAGCAGCAGCCGAUGCAGGCGCAGCAGCAGCAGCAGCAGCAGCAGACAUUCCCGCCACAGCAACCGAUACAGCAGCAGACGUUACCAGCACAACAACAACAACAGAUGGAUGCCUCAUCCGCGGCGGCAGCGAUCUUCGGCACUCAGCAGCCGGCGCGCAGCGUGUCUAGCCCGCUGCCCGGAAUGGGAGUUGGUGGGGCGCAAGCGCCGGUGGUGGCGAACAAUAAUAACCCGUUCUUGAGCAUGGGCGGAGGAGGAGCAGCAGGGGGAGGAGGCGUCAUGACGCAGAGCCCGGCGGCGGUCAACACCGCGGACCCCUUCGCCAUCUCUGGCCACCGGAGCCGGGACAGCGUGAUGGCGGGCGGGCUGGAGUGGAGUAACGGUCGGCACAGCCCUGAUGCGUUUGCGAGUCUGAGCGCGAGGCACUGA